UUAUUUAGAAGAAAUCCGGAAGUUUUGUUUGUCAAUUCUUUGUAACCUGACAGCAGUGUGCUGUUUGAGGAGCACCAGCAAAAAAAAAAACCUUGGCGAAAGUGGAGAAGAAGCCGGUCAGUCCUGUGUUAUUUAUUUGGGCUUUCAGGCUGUUGUUUUGUUGAGAAUAACUCCGUCUUUCGCCUCCGCUGUUCCUGGAAAACACACAGAAAAAAUGGAGAUAGAAAAGGAAGUGAAGAAGAUGACCCUGGGCCAUGAGUUUGGAGCUGGAGCAGCCUGUUUGAAAUGCAAGGACAAAUGUGACGGCUUUGAAUUGCAUUUCUGGAGAAAAAUCUGCAGAAACUGCAAAUGUGGCCUGGCAGAGCACGACGUGGCGAUGAACUCUGAGGAGAACAAGAAAGUAGGCAAGUUGUUCGAGGACACCAAGUACACCGCCCUCAUGGCUAAGUUGAAGACUGACGGCGUCCCCAGCUACCAGGGCAACAUGGUGGCCAUCACUCUGCCCCCUCUUUCCCCCGCUUACGUCCUACCACCCAGUGCUGCGGCCUCCGUGGUUCCUCCCUCUGCCAUGGCCACGUCUGUACAGCCUGCUGCAGCCUCUGCAGGAGCACCACCUAGUGGAGCUCAGGGUCAGGCUCAGGCUCAGGCUCAGGGUCAGCGUCAGGGUCAGGGUCAGGGUCAGCCUGUAGCAGCAGGUGGUACGCCAGUGAUGGCGUCCAAAGUUCCAGUCCCUGCUAGUGCCACGGCGGCCAAUCUGAUGCCAGUUUCCAAAGAUUCACCAAUGACGUCCGUCACCUAUGAGUGGGCGCCCCCUGUGGCUAACAAAUAUCUGGCCGUGCGUUACAUCGAGCUGCUGCCGCCGGAGAAACGCCCUGUGGCCGGAACAGAGGGAGCUGCUUACCGUCGGCAGCAGAUGGACCGUCAGCUGCCGGAGCACGACCAGGACCCGUCCAAAUGUCAUGAACUCAGUCCAGCUGAGGUCAAACUAAUGCAGCAGUUUGUCCGCAAGUACAAGGACGAGGCCCUGGGCGUCGGAGAUGUUCUUCUUCCUGAGGAGAUGGCCCUGGUGAAGGCAGGAGGGCGGGGAGGGCGAGGGGCUGGGGGGGCGCCUGGGGCUGGAGGGGCACCUGGGGCUGGAGGGGCACCUGGGGCUGGAGGGGCAGGCUUUGGUGUCGGGGCAGGUGGUCAGAGAGCUGGGACUUGUGCAGGAUCUGGACCUGGAGCCACAGCUGGUGGUGUUGGUCAGGGUGCUGCUUUCGGACCAGGAGGUAACAAUGCUUUGGCAGGAGCAGGAGCGGGGACUAGUCCAUCUGUAGGAGGCGCUGUUGGCACUGCUGCUACUGCUGGAGCCAUGGUCGUCCCUGGAGGUCAACAGUCUGGACUCCCACAGCAGAACUUUUCGUGCCGUCACUGUCAGCAGCCGAUGCGUAUGGGCGAGCCCGCCGUCUACGCCGAGAGGGCCGGCUACGAUAAACUGUGGCACCCAGCAUGCUUUGUGUGCUGCACCUGCAACGAGCUGCUGGUGGACAUGAUCUACUUCUGGAAGAAAGGGAAGCUCUACUGCGGACGCCACUACGGAGACAGUGAGAAGCCGCGCUGCGGAGGAUGUGACGAGCUGAUCUUCAGUAACGAAUACACUCAGGCCGAGGGUCAGAACUGGCACCUGAAGCACUUCUGCUGCUUCGACUGCGAUCGCAUCCUCGCCGGAGAGACGUACGUGAUGGAGAAGGACAAGCCUGUGUGUAAGCCCUGCUACAUGAAGAACCAUGCUGUGAAUUGCUCUUCCUGCCAAAAGGCAGUGGACCCCGAGGCCCAGAGGGUUUCCUACGGCGAGUUCCACUGGCACGCUGAGCCACAGUGCUUCAAGUGCUCCGGUUGUUCCAAGUGUCUGGUGGGCCAGCGCUUCAUGGCCCUCAAGAGUUUUCUCUUCUGCUCCGUGGAGUGCAAGAAAAAAAUCAUGGCCUAGUGGUAGGAACCUGCUACUGCUGCUCCUCAUCGCUGACCUUUGAACCUACUCACGGAACCAGGUUGGGCUGAACCCGAACACCUGACGUCUGAUUUGGACGUGGGUUCUUUCUGUCCAUCACAGUAUUGAUAACUCUGUCUCUUCAAUCCACUCUUUUUUUUUUCUUUUUUUUUUUACUGUGAUUUUUCUACUCAUGAGUUUCAGUCCGAGACGACAAUCUGACUUUAUUUGUUUUUUCAAUUCUUUGCCUGUGAAAAAGUAUUAGCACUGAUCUACUGCUGAAGAAGUCAUUUCUGAUUGGGUGAUAAGAAACUACUGAUGUCAGUUCUUCUCCACGCAGCAAUAAGAAAAUCUUUGUUCAAGUCCAAACUUCCAGCACUUUUUAAUCCAGAUCAGAGUCGGUCAGUUCCAACUUUUUUUUUUAUUACUUUUGCUUUAAACCUCAUCAAAUAUGAACGUUACAAAAUACUCAGGCCCAGUUCACUGAACAUUGGACUGAACCAUCUACGACAUCAGGUUCAACCAGGUCCAUGUGUCAUAGAACAUUUAUGUUUAUCUUGUCUUUUCUGACUGGAAUAUUUAUUCCAGAAAAAUAUCAGCUCCAUAACAUUGAUUCGUUGAUACGUUGGUGUGGGAGAAUAAACCAUCACCAUCAACACAA